AUGGGUCCGACCAGGCCCACGUACGAGUCAAACUCGGACACGUGCCGCUACACCGUCGACUUUCCUUCGCCCCACGACCACGGCCACCACCUGCGCUCGCUGUGCGCUCACCUCGUCGCCGUCGCGUCGAGCCUCACCGAGGGCUACAUCUGGCACAACAAGCAGCCCGGCUUCACCCUCGACACGUCCCCCGUCAACUUUCACCAGCCCGCCACCUCGACCCACCACCACCACCUCGAAGGCUCGACCGAUGUCACCGACGCCGUUGACGACGAGUGGCUCGUCGUGUGGAUCCUCAAGCACCUCUCGCUCGCCCACACCGACGGCGUCAUCUCGGUCGACGACGACGACGGCGAGUUCCUCUUGAUCGAGGCCGCCGACUCGCUCCCGGCCUGGGUCACCCCGCAGAACGCCGCCAACCGCGUGUGGAUCCACCAGGGCCGCCUCCACCUCGUCCCGCUCGACCACACGUCCCCCGUGCCCUUUGCCGACACCGCCGCCGAGCCCCUCAACCCCUCGUUCGACCCGGACGACGACGCCUUCCUCGACCGCGCUGCCGCCAUCCUCCUCGUGCGCGACCCGAACGUCGACACGCUCGCGCCACCAGACGUCGAGGCUGCCGUGUGGGCCCGCAUCGACGGGUACCCGGCCAAGAUCAAGGAGCACCACCAUCGCACGCUCGCCUACCUCCCGACCGACAUUGCGCUCGCGCUCGCCGACGACCCGACCCUCAUCGCCGAGGCGGUCGGCGCCUUUUACCAACGCGAGCCCGCCACUCUGCGGGCCGUCAACACCAUGUCGCGCUUCCCUCCUGCACCUCCUCUUCCCUCGUCCUCGUCCACCUCUUCUCCACCAUCGACCGACGCCAUGUCCGACUCGUCGCCUUCCCUCCCGCCGACCGUCCUCGUCCCGACCCUCCUCACGCGCCCGCUCUAUUCGCAACUCGUCCUCCAGCGGUUCUACGCGCCCAAGGUGUUUGAGAAAGCCGGGUGGACGAGCGGCACGCUCGGCAAGGACGAUGAGAGGCGGCGCAGCGUCGGAGUGAAGAUUGCCUGCGGCUUCGAGAUGCUGUACAAGCAGACGUCGCCGCUCCCUCGCCAAUCCGCCUCGUCGUCGGCGGGCUCGGCCGACCUCGACGCGGUCGACACGGCGGCGCCAGCGUACCGCGCGUACCUCGACACGCUGCGCGCGCAGGGCUUCUUUGGCGAGGGCGAGAGCGAGGAGGUCGAGGGGUCGCAGCGUUGGAAGGAGCGCGAGAGAGAGGCGAGGAGGGGGUGGGUCCGUGCGAGGGAGAACCGCUCGGAGCGCCCGUUCGCGCAGCGCGUCGACGAGGCCAUCUCGCGCGCACGCGCCGCCCUUUCCUCCUCGACGUCCACCUCCACCGCCACCUCCCCUUCCUCGACGAGCACCCCUCUCCCGCUCUCGACCCGCAUCGUCCACCCGGCGUCGCUCACGCCGCAAGCCGCGAGCGCGCUCGAGGACGCCGAGGACUGGAUGGCGCUCGACGAGCAGGGGCUCGAGGAGAUCCUCGCGACCAAAAGCAGUGCGAGGAGCGGAGGAGCGCAGCUCGGGGACAGCGACCUCGAGGACGAGUCGGACGAGGACGAGGACGACGAGGAUGAGGCGGGAGUGGGGCGUGGGCAGGGCGACGGCAUGGAAGGAGUCGAGGGCGGGUCGAGCUCCGGCGCCGGCGCGGGUGGGCCCAAGAGCGCUCGCGAGCGCGCCGAGGACCGCAAGGCGCGCAAGGUGGCCCGUCGGCUCGAGGACAUGGCGGGCAAGGUCGAGGACUUUGUGCACGGCCGAGGUGCGGCGAGCGGGGCUUUGUUCGACGACGAGCGCGAGCUCGACGACUCGGGCGACUCGGACGCCGACGAGGCCAUGCCCGAGCUGAGCGCCGAGGAGCGCGCCGCGCGCAUGGAAAAGCUCGUCGCCGCCCUUCCCGCCGAGCAGUGGGGCCAGGCGACGGCGCCCGCUCCCGCCGCCGCUCCCGCCGCCGCCGCCGACUCGUCCGCCUCGGCGAGCGCGCUCGGUCCUCCGCCGCUCCAGCAGCAGCCGGGCCAGCAGCCCGAGCGCGAGCCUCGUGCGCGCAAGCUCGAGAAGGAGGUGUACGAGGGCGCGUCGGACCUGUCGGACGAGUCGGACUCGGAGAACGAGGCCAUGCCCGAGGGCGAGGAGGGGCUCGGCGGCGACGAGGUCGACGAGGGCGAGGACGGGCCGAGCGUCGUCGACGAGGACGACCUGCUCGACCUCGGCGAGGAGAUGGACGAGUUCCUCAAGUUUGCGACCGAGACGCUCGGCUUGACGCCGGCGCAGUACGAGAAGAUCCUGUCGGACCGCAGGGGCCGAGGAGCGUUCGUGCCCGGGCCCGCCAAGGAGAAGAAGACCAACGUCCUCCCGUCGACCAAGAAGGCCUCGUCCACCACCUCCUCCUCCUCCACUGCUCCCGCCAAGCCCUCUCCCGCCGCCGCCACCGCCGCCGGCAACCCUCCUCCCGCCCGUGAGCCGUUGCGCAACCCCAACUUGACCGAUUUUGACGCCCUCAUGGAGCAGAUGGAGACCGAGUUGGCGCGCUCCAAGGGCGCUCGGCCCGCCACCGCCGCCGCCGCCGCCACCGAGAGCAACGACGACGGUCCGGCGCCGACGGGCAAGUACGCGUCGCGUCAGAGCGGGCGGCGCGAACCUCACCGCGUCGUCGUCGACUCGCUGUCCGACUCGGACGAGGAUGACGGCGACGGCGACGACCUGUCGGCCAUGGACGCCGAGCUCGCGUCGCUCCUGCAAGGCGUGAGCGGCGACGCGGCCGGGACCGACGCGCCGAUGGACUACAACCUCGUCAAGAACUUUCUCGAGUCGUUCCAGAGCCAGGGAGGGUUUGCCGGUCCGGCGGGCACGCUCGCCGGCAGGUUGGGCUUCCCGCUCCCGAGGGACGCGCCGGGCGAGGGCGAGGGCGGCAGCAGGUAG